AGAGUAGCGUUCUUAUGCAGCCGCCAUAUUCUGUGACAGUAUUUUGAUUCGUAUCUGCUGGAAGUGAGGAAAAAGAGCAAAGUGACGGGCCGUCGAGGGGAGGGGGGGCUGAAGAAGAGGAGCUGUCAAAAAGGUAUUCCCGAGACACUGUCAAACGGCGGAGGGCUGAGGCUCCGCAUCCCUCCCCUGACGCGCGUCCCAGGACGCGCAAGGCCCGGGGCCUCGCUGCAGUUGUCCCCUCGUCUGCCUGGUCGUAGCUGGAGCUCCCUCGGCUUCCCCCCUCUCAGCUCCGCGGCCCUCUGGAGGUCCGGCGGCGGUCUCGGGUGCUGAAGGCGGCCCGGGGAGCGGCGGCGGCAGGAAGAAAAUGUUCAAGAUGAAGGCGACUUGCUGCCACGAUUAACGCCCCAGUGCGCUGAACAGAACAAAAAGUCCUGACCCGGUAACACACGAAUGGCCCAGGGAAGCCACCAGAUUGACAUUCAGGUUUUGCAUGACCUGCGCCAAAAGUUCCCUGAAGUCCCAGAGGGUAUUGUCUCCCAGUGUGUUCUGCAGAACAACAACAACUUAGAUGCCUGCUGUGAAUACUUGUCCCAAGUCAGUCCGGGCUACCUGUACAGUGAAGAAGGAAACCUGAGCUUUUCUGACGACCCCAGCUUCACCAGGCUCCAUAAUCACAUGACCCAGCUGAACCUGGGCCUACAGUCUCAGAAUGUGCAUGUGGCCCCAGUUCGGGACAGCCUGAGAAUGAACGGCAGCCGGACUCUGUCUCACAGCCCGAGUGACGGGCCCCUCCAGACAGGCCAGGCCCCCAAUAGUGACUUCUUUCAGCAGGAGCCCCAGUCAGCCCCAGUGCAGGUGCCCUCCAGCCUCAAUGUAUUUGGUGUGAUGGAACCCACACGCAAACCUCAGCCUCCACAACACCUUGGACUUUACCCUCUGGGUGUCAAAGGGUCGUCUAUUGGUGCCCAGCACACACCACGCUACAACCCCUUUACAGUGACGCUAGCCCCCAAUAUCCAGACCGGCCGCAACACCCCUACUUCUUUGCACAUACACGGUGGGCCACAGUCGGGCUUAAGCAGUCCACAGGGUAACUCUAUCUAUAUCAGGCCCUAUGUCAGCCAGUCCAGUACAACUCGGCAAAACCAGCAGCAGGGAAGCAGGGCCCAGUACAGCCCCACUUCCCAGCCCCAGCAGCAGAUCUAUCAGAUCUCACACCCCUCCUCCCUGUCCGGCUCCUGGUCCGGCCCUCAGCACGCCUCCUCUUCACAUACCUCACAGCACCAGACCCAGGGCCACCAGACCUCUCAUGUCUACAUGCCCAUCAGCUCCCCCACAAAUCCCCAGGCGCCCUCAAUUAUUCCCACUGGAAGCCAGGCCUCCUCCUCUGGUGUCUCCUCAUGCUCCUCUUCCUCCUCCUCUGUCAUGCCCACCUCCUCCACCAUCAGCCAGUACAACAUCCAGAACAUCUCCACUGGCCCACGGAAGAAUCAGAUAGAGAUCAAACUAGAAUCUCCUCAGAGGAGCAACUCUACAACCACAACAGCUGUGCUGCGGACAAGCAGUGGGCCCCGUUCAUCCUCCACCUCCUCCUCCUGUCCCUCCUCGUCAACCUCCUCGACCGGGGUGCCCACUGUUCCCACCACCCCUCUGUCAAUUGGAUGCCCAGGUCUGAGCCGAAGCCAGCCAACUGUUUACAUCUCUGCCAGCCCACCUACUGCUGCUACCACUCCCUCUGAGGAGGCUGUUGUGGCCUCAGGCGGCUCCCGCUCCCAACCCAAGUUUUACAUUUCAGCCAAUGCCUCCAGCGACUACGGUGGGGGUCGGAACCCCCCCACAGUCUACAUCUCAGCCAACCCUCCCUUGCAGGGGCCCUCAGGGGCCAGGAACUUGGGAGGUCAAGUGAGCAUGGGCCCUGCCUACAUCCACCACCAUCCUCCCAAGUCUCGUGCCUCUGUGGGAGGGGGAGGCACUGCUUCUUCCCCUCGCGUGGUGGUGACACAGCCUAACACCAAAUACACUUUUAAAAUCACCGUGUCCCCUAAUAAGCCCCCAGCUGUGUCACCAGGAGUAGUGUCACCUACUUUUGAGCCCAACAACCUCCUCAGCCUACCCUCGGACCACCACUUUGUGGAGCCAGACCCCCUCCACCUCUCAGAUCCGCUCUCGCUACACAGGGACAGGCCGAGUGAGCCUCGCAGACUCAGCAUGAGCUCUGAUGAUGCAGCGUAUACACAAGCGCUGUUGGUCCACCAGAAGGCGCGGAUGGAGAGCCUGUGGCACGAGCUGGAGCUGAAGAAGAAGAAGCUGGAGAAGCUAAAAGAGGAGGUGAACGAGAUGGAGAAUGACCUGACCAGGAGACGGAUGGAGAGAUCCAACUCGGCCUCCCAAAUUCCUUCUAUCGAGGAAAUGAAGCAGUUGCGAUGCAAAAACAGGUUACUGCAGAUCGACAUCGACUGCCUCACCAAAGAAAUCGAUCUCCUUCAAACAAGAGGACCACACUUUAAUCCCAGUGCAAUCCAUAAUUUCUAUGACAACAUUGGAUUCCUCGGUCCUGUCCCACCCAAACCCAAAGGUACUCCAUCUAUCGACUCGGGCAGUAAGAUUGUGAAGCCCGUUGCAGACCAGGAGGAGGACGAGGGGACGCAGUGGAACUGCACAGCCUGCACCUUCCUCAACCACCCCGCCCUCAAUCGCUGUGAACAGUGCGAGUUCCCGCGGCACUUCUGAGCCAACAAGGCUGCGCCGCACCGCUCCCUCCUCUGCCCUCCUGUCGUCUACCAGACUAGAAUAGAAAAGGGCUCCCUCUCCUUUUUUUUUUUUUUUCUUCUUCCCGACGUGUAUGAAAACUGGGACGGGGCAUAGUCAUUGUGCAUUGUGCGGCCUGUUCUUUCUUGUUUUGUUUUUUCUCUUUUGUUUUCUGUUUCCUUUCUAAAGUUUUUGUCGAAUGCUGUCCACUGAAGGCUUGACUGGAUAGUGUUUACAACUUGUUUUUCUUCCUAAAGUCUGCCAGAGUUGGAUGAUACCUCACCUCAGAGACUCGGAUUGCGUGGGGUCACUUCCCCCUUUUUUCUGCUCGACGGGUGACACUUAAGCCCUGGGGAUACCUUGCUGCUCCCACUUACAGUAUUACGAGUGUGGCCUUGCAGUGUGACGGCACACACACACACACACACACACAGCACAGGUGCCAAUGUGCCUUUUGCUGAAUGAAUACAUUAGCUUUUCUUCCUUUGUGGUGGCAUGACCGGGGGAUUGGGAACUUUGUUCAGCCACUGCUCUCCGUCUGAAGGGAAAACUAACAGACAACUCGAGGACUUUAAAGUUUGUUUGCUGUUUGUAGAGGAUGUCCAAGACAGCCUCUUGCCAACCCCCCCCCCCCCUCAUUUUUCUUCUUCUGUCUGAAAAAAAGAAAUUAAGUUGCAUGCUUUGUGUACAGAGGCAGAAAAUCCCCAUGAGCUUUUUACUGUACAUAUUUUAGAAUGUGCCUUAAAAGCCUUCUUCCUCACACUAUGAAUCACUUGUAUUUCCUGUAAGUAUAGCUUUAUAGACUUUAUUAACUUGUUUUGUCUUGUUUUGUUUCCCUCUUUCAAACCAAUAAGCACCGUUGCUCCUUUUUAAGCUUUUUACUUGAGAUCUGUGAGAGUUGAAGCCUUGCAGAAGGAGAGGAACAGAGCAGUCAUCAUGAAGCUACAUCUGUCAGGUCCGUUCAUAGCUCAUGUAGAUGCUGAGUUUCCUUUGUACGAUCUGCAGAUACAGCAAAGCAAAAGGUGAUGGAGGAGUCUUUUUAUUUUUUUUUGCUUUGUUUUUGUUAGUUUUUUUCUCCAGGACAAAAAAUAUGUUCAGGACUGUUGGGGGAGGGCAAUGGGUCAAAAUGCCAAAUUACAAACUGCCAUCUUAUCUGACAACUGGAAUGUAGGUUUCAUGUUUGGGGACGACCACCUCAGUGCAAAGAGACACUUAUUUUCCAGUACAAUUAGGUUGUCACUGCACAGUGAUGUCUUAGUGCUCCUGGAACAGCUGACGGGAUGAAAAGUUUUCUUGUUGCUGUCUAUCUGAAUUGGGUUUCUGUGAGGUCCAAACAUCAAAAUGAAUGUGUUUCUGUAAAGUGUUCCUGUAAUACAGAAAUAAUCAUUAAAGUACAACAGGUCACCAUGGUCACAGCAUCUUGGAAGCAGACAAGGCAAAAAGAAAACCAACCAAAAAAUGUUUUUAGCAAAGCACAACAUGACUGUCCACUUAGUAUACUCUUCCUUUUAUUUGGAUCAAUUCAUCCUCCGAAGCUUGUAUUGACAAAGGGGAUUUCUAAAGUUUACUUAUUGUCAUUAACUUACCUUAAUUGUGGAGUAGUUACUUUUUUCCACAUUUGUGAAAUGUUGCCUUCAGCUAGUGCCUUUAGAACUAUUGAAUUUGUAUUGAUAAUCUAUUUUGUCACAUCCAAGUGCCAUUUUUAAAAGCAAAACCUUACUAUUGUAUGAACCCAUUGAAAGGUAGAAGAUGAAUUAUUGUCUCUUAAGCACUUACACCAUAUUUCUUCCUUUUUCCAACUCAAAUAAACCAGUUUUCAGCCUUAUCUGCACCUUGGUGUGAAGAGGCAGUUUAUUCAUGUUUUUUUUUUAAUGGAAAAAAAUAAUUUGGAUAUAUAAAGUGUUUUUUGUUUCUUUUCUUGUUUCUUUUUUUUAAUUUUAGCUGGGAAAACUGUCUUUGUAACAGAUAAGUUAUUUGUAAAAAUAAUAAAAAAAAAUCUAUUCUGAA